AGAGCGCACCCAGCCGGCGCCGCGCAGCACUGGGACCCUGCUCGCCCUGCAGCCCAGCCAGCCUGCUCCGCAUCCUCCAGCUGGUCUGCCCGCCGACCUGCGCGCCCUCGCUGAGGCCUGUCUGCGCCCCUCGACCCCAGCAGCACCAUGCAUCUCUCCCAGCUGCUGGCCUGCGCCCUGCUGCUCACGCUGCUCUCACUCCGGCCCUCCGAAGCCAAGCCCGGGGCGCCGCCGAAGGUCCCGCGAACCCCGCCGGGAGAGGAGCUGGCCGAGCCGCAGGCUGCGGGCGGCGGUCAGAAGAAGGGCGACAAGGCUCCCGGGGGCGGGGGCGCCAACCUCAAGGGCGACCGGUCGCGACUGCUCCGGGACCUGCGCGUGGACACCAAGUCGCGGGCAGCGUGGGCCCGCCUUCUGCAAGAGCACCCCAACGCGCGCAAAUACAAAGGAGCCAACAAGAAGGGCUUGUCCAAGGGCUGCUUCGGCCUCAAGCUGGACCGAAUCGGCUCCAUGAGCGGCCUGGGAUGUUAGUGCGGCGCCCCCUGGCGGCGGAUUGGGAACUGGCUCCGUUGUGCUGAGGUCAUCUUUGGUCAUCAGCCUCCAGCAUCUGGAAACACCUCCAACGCAAUGUGGCUUUUACAUUUCUUUCUUUCUUUCUUUCUUUUUCCUGGUACUGGGAAUACACAACACCAGCUGUUUUAUUAUUAUUUGGGGAGGGGGUUGUGAUUUUAUUAUUUGUUUUUUUAAAUGAAAAAUAAAAAGUUAUAUAUUAUAUAUAUAUUAUAUACAUGAAACACACACACCUACACCGACUUGAUGACAAGGGACAGUUUUUAAGAGACUGACAGAACCAGCUGUAAAACAUUGCUGUUUGUAAAUUCAUGUCAUGCAUAAAUGUAUUUAUGUUGUAAAGCUAUUUAUAUUGUUUAUAAAGAGAUAUUUAUAAAAAUUUUAUUUAUGUAACUAAAUGAAAGAAGUCAAUCAUUGUAAUGUUUUUGUCCUAACUAGUUGAAAAAAUGUAAAAAAAAAAAAAAAGUCAUUCCAUGAAUAUCUUGAAAA